UUAACCAUAAUCCUAUACUUUUAACACGUAUUUGUCCUUCUCUUCUGUUGACUACAGGUAUUCCGGUACUCUGGGCUCUGGUCUGAUUUCCCGCUAAAAUUUUCCCGCUAAAUUUUGGCUGUACGACUGAUGCAUUUGUUUCGAUCGUUUUGACGGAGGCAGAGAUAACCAAUACUUGGCUUUCAAAGAACAUCGCUGUGCAGUCGGUGUGUUGAAGUGGAUUUUGUUGACCAAGACAGCUUUACUGCAGUAAUGAAACUGUCUGAGGGAUCUCUCAGCGCAAUUAUGCGCGGAGAAAAUAUUGAAGAUCCAAUUUUGCAAAUUUUGGGAAAUAAAAAAAUUGUUAGUGCCGGAGCCAAUGAACGAUAUAGGCUGUUGGUAUCAGAUGGGUGUCAUCUGAACAGCUUUGCAAUGUUAGCCACUCAGCUGAAUUCAAGACUUGCUACAGGAGAACUUUCAGAUUAUUCUGUUGUUAAGAUUGAUAGAUUUAUAACAAGUUUGGUAAAUUCCGAGAAGGGAAACAAAAGAGUGAUGAUAAUUUUGGAGCUGACAGUGCUGGCGCCUGGAUCAGAAAUCGGAGUAAAAUUAGGCAAUCCUGUUCCCCUGGUGGAGGGUGCCAAUGACCAAUCAAAGCCUGAACCGCCACGGUCAACAGCCUCUACCAAUGACUCUGUAUCUAGUGUCUCAAGUGUGUCCAGACCAGCACCAGUUAGGAAUGUGGCUGCUGCGUCACCAAUUGAUACAAUGCACACAUACCCUAUCAGCAGCUUAAAUCCAUAUCAAAAUCGAUGGGUGAUUCGAGCAAGAGUCACAAAUAAAAGUGCCAUUCGAACGUGGUCAAAUGCUCGAGGUGAAGGUAAACUUUUCUCAAUGGAUCUUGUGGAUGAGAGCGGAGAAAUAAGAGCGACAGCUUUCCGUGAGCAAGUUGACAAGUACUACGAUCUUAUUGAAGUCAACAAUGUUUACUUCAUUAGCCGAUGCACACUUAAAACUGCAAAUAAAAAGUUCACUUCCAUUAAACAUGAUUAUGAAAUAACAUUUAAUAGUGACACCCAAGUAAUUCCUUGUCAUGAUGACUCGAGUGACAUUCCAGCUCUUCAGUUUGACUUCACUCCCUUGGAAAAAAUUGGAAAUAUGGAAGCUAAUACUAAUGUUGAUGUUAUUGGAGUUUGUAAAAGUGCAAAUGAUUUGCAGACGUUGAUAAACGUUACCCUUUGGGGUUCAGAAGCCGAAAAUUUUGAUGUAUCAAAGAAUCCAGUCAUUGCUGUGAAAGGUGGCCGAAUAAAUGAAUUUGGUGGUUCAAAGAGUGUGUCAAUUGCAAUGUCAAGUGUGGUGCAAAUGAACCCAGAUAUCCCAGAAGCUCACCGUUUACGUGGCUGGUAUGAUGCAGGUGGUUCUGAGGAAAAUGUGAAAAAUAUUUCUGCUACUGCUGGGGGAAUUACUAGAGGUGGUCAGUGGAUGACAUUGCAAGAAGCAAGAGCUAAACAGCUUGGAACAGGAGACAAAGCCGAAUAUUUCACUUGCAAGGCUACUAUAAUGCUUAUUAAAUCUGAAAAUUCUAUCUACAAGGCUUGUCCAACAGCUUCCUGCAACAAAAAGGUUACUGAUUUGCAGAAUGGUUCUUAUCGUUGUGAGAAAUGUUGUCAAGAAUUCCAAGACUACAAGUACAGAUUGUUAGUACAGGCAACUCUUGCUGACUGGUCUGGCAAACAGUGGGUAUCAGCAUUUCAAGAAUCAGCUGAAGUAAUGUUGGGAACUACAGCAGAUGCAUUAGGAGCUCUUACAGAUCUUCCAGAAGAGUUUGUUGAGCCCUUUACUCGAGCUGCCUUCAAAUCUUUUAUUUUCAGGCUCAGAGUCAAAAUGGAAAUGUACAAUGACGAAUCGCGCAUGAAAACUGUAAUCGUGAGCGUGUCUCCUAUCAACUAUAAGGAAUAUACUUCGUAUUUAAUUAACAAAAUAAAGAAGCAAGCUGGCAUGUCAACUGAUCGGCAUUUUUUAGUAGGUCAGUUAUUACAAGAGUUAAAGUAUAUUAGGGAAAAGACUAGAAUUUUUGUUUAUCAUAUAUUUAUUUCUUGUCUUUGUAUUCCCCUCCACAUUUUGAAUCAAUAA